AUGGCCACAGGAGAAUGGACACAUGAAAUGGGAGGGCAAACAGCCAAUAUGGGACCCGAUGGACGAAAAUGGACACAUGAAAUGGGAGGGCAAACGGCCAAUAUGGGACCCGAUGGACGAAAAUGGACACAUGAAAUGGGAGGGCAAACGCCCAAUAUGGGACCUGAUGGACGAAAAUGGACACAUGAAAUGGGAGGGCAAACGACCAAUAUGGGACCUGAUGGACGAAAAUGGACACCUGGAAUGGGAGGGCAAACAACCAUCAUAGAAUCCAAUGAACGCUCUGAAGUGACCUCACUGGGCAGAGAGUUUGUUACUGUGUUUAUGCAGAAUCAUGAAUUCAAAGAGACCCCACAACUGGAACUUCUGGUUACUGGCACUAAACCGUCUACCUCUGUCACUAUCACCAUUAACAAAUCUGACUUUAGGAAGGAGGUGAAGGUUGGAAAUGGAGAGACAAUAUCAGUUCCAAUCACAACAAAUGUAGAGAUGAGCGGCACAGACACAUCACCAAAUUCUAUAGUGAUUAAAGCUGAUUUUGGAGUCACAGUGGUCUCUCGCAGUUAUAAAGAUGGCAGCGGUGACACAGCUUUGCUUUACCCAGUGCGUCUGUGGGGAGUUGAGUAUUAUAUCAUUACCCCUCCAUGGGGGGCAGAUGGAGCUUACACUGAGUUUUCUGUGAUUGGCUAUGAAAGCCCCACUGUUAUUAAUAUCUACCUAAAAGGAGCUGUGAGUUUCCAAGGACAGGAUUAUCCCAAGGACAGCAAGCUCACACUCACCCUUGAACCUUUCCAGGCUAUACAGAUUCAGAGUACUGAUGAUCUCUCUGGCACUAAGGUAGUUGCAGAUCAUCCUGUGGCUGUCCUCAGUGGUCACACAUGUACUGAGAAAAAUGGAGAUUGUGGUCAUGUGUACGUACAGCUCUUGCCAGUGGCCAGCUGGGGAUCCUCAUUCUUUGUACCAGGGAUAUCCUUCCAGCCUAAAUCUGAUAUUGCUUUUAUUAUGUCUGCCCAAGAUACUUGCAUUGAAUACCAGUCUGGGGAGAAGAUAGAAAACAGAAAUGUGGUAGCUGGAGAGUUGAUGCAGUUGGAAGUUACAAAAUCAUCUCCACUAUUCAUCCAUGCCAAUGAGAAGAUACAGGUUUUGUUUUAUGGUACGGGUGGUACAUUUAAUGACAUACCCUUUGACCCUUUGCUCACCAACAUUCAAAGCACUGAACACUAUGGCACCGCUUAUGAGCUCAUAGGGCAAGAUAAGUUUGAAACAAAUCUGGCAAUUAUUGUGAGCAAGACCACAGCUGAAUCAGGAAUCACUGUUGAUGGAAAGUUACCAGAAGGAAUUGUAUGGAGAGAAAUCCCUGGAUCUGAGUACUCAUGGGCAGAAUAUAAAUUUGGUAGUGGCUUCAGUUAUCACACAAUGCAGCAUCUCUCAGUACCCUUUGGCCUCCUGAUCUUUGGGUGUUCUUCAAGUCUUACCUAUGGGUAUUUGGCACCUUGCAUCAAGGCUCCAGUGCUGACUGGGUCAGUUGUGGAGGGUAAGUUGAAAUUCUAA